AGUUAAAUAACAAAAAGUGUUUUUUUUUUAAAAAAGUAAUUAUUUUUAUAUAAAAAAUAUCAGAAAAUUAUACAAUUUUUACUCAAUCAAAGAAACAACAACAAAUUAAAAGGAUAUUUUUUACCUCUAAACCUACUCAAAAGUAAAACCCUACAUAUACACUCAUAAAAGGAUAUUAUUAUUACCACACAAAAAUAGUGUAUAAAUUAAAAGGAUUUUUAAAAAUAUCAUAUCAUUUGUAAUUUACAAUUCAACAAGAAAAGACAUCAUCAGUCUUAAAAGAAAAAACUAAUUUUUUAAAAGAAAAGUGUCUUAAAGAAUUUUGUAAAUUUAAAACCAGAAAAAAAACGUGAAAUACCUCUUAAACAAAAAACAUACCUCAACAUCAACAAAACGGAAAUUUAUAAAAAUAACAACAACUAAAAGUACAAAAACCCAUUUAAAGGAUUAAUUAACAUACACACCCACAACUCCUGGAAUUUGGAUUUAAAAGCUGUUAAAACAAAUUUCGUGUGUUUUACACGAAAUUUUAAAACAUAACUUUAAAAAACAAUUAACAAUUAAUUUGCUGUAAACAAGUUAUGGCCAUAUCUUUGCUGCAAGACGCACAAACAAGAACUUUGGCCGCCGCUUUAGCUGGCAUGCAACAACGCGAAGAAGUCGAUCGUUCUUUGUCUUUAUCACCACCCAUGUCUGCCAAUACCUCUGCCACAAAUACCGCCAUGUAUCCUGGUCUACAACAAGCUGCUGCUGCCUCUGCCUUUGGCAUGCUCUCACCCACACAAUUGCUGGCUGCCAAUCGUCAAGCAGCUGCCGCCUUUAUGGCACAAUUGCCCAUGUCUACUUUGGCUUCCACACUAUUUCCUCAUCAUCCUGCUACUUUAUUUGGUUCCUGGGCUGCUGGUAAUCCAGCUGGCAUUAAUCUAGCCAAUGCUGCUCCUCAUUCACCACCCGCUUCACCACACUCACCCAUUAAUAUUAAUACACCUCAGGCGAAUAAGCACAGUCUAAGCAUGACUUCACCCACUGCCUCGACACAAGGAGAAUUGCCCGCUAAAAAGGCUCGCAAAUUAUCGGUGAAAAAAGAUCUCAUUUCGCCCAGCAUGGAAAUCUCUAUGAGUGUUAGUGAUUUAUACAAUACCCCUGGACCCAUUUCACCACCCUCCUCAGGCUCCUCACCCAACUCCUCCAGCCAUGAUGUCUCCAGUCCCGCUGCCAAUGCCAACAAAGACGGUGCUGCUCGCGAUAAAAGUUUCACCUGCAAAAUCUGCUCUCGCUCUUUCGGCUAUAAACAUGUUUUGCAAAAUCACGAACGCACUCAUACCGGUGAGAAACCCUUCGAAUGUCCCGAAUGCCAUAAACGUUUCACCCGUGAUCAUCAUUUGAAAACCCACAUGCGUUUGCAUACCGGCGAAAAACCCUAUCACUGUUCCCACUGCGAUCGCCAGUUUGUGCAAGUAGCCAAUCUAAGACGUCACUUGAGAGUUCAUACCGGUGAACGUCCCUAUACCUGUGAGAUUUGUGAUGGCAAAUUCAGUGACUCCAAUCAAUUGAAAUCGCAUAUGUUGGUGCACAAUGGCGAAAAGCCAUUCGAAUGUGAGAAAUGUCACAUGAAAUUCAGACGCCGUCAUCAUUUGAUGAAUCACAAGUGUGGUGUACAAUCACCCAUAACACCAGCUCUCUCACCAGCCAUGAGCAACGAUUACAGCAUUUUGAAUUGUGAUCAAAAAUCGUUCUAUGGGUCCGAAGAAUCCAUGGAAAUUGGCAAACCAAUGCUCAAUCAUUCGAUCAUGAAUUAUGCUGGUAUUUCACAAAUGGAAGAAGAUGCUCCCUUAGAUCUAUCCGAAGAUGGUGGCAGUCAAACUGAUGAAAGCUGUUCGUUACGCUAUCGCAAGGCAAAUGAUAUUAGACGUGUUUUCCGUUUGCCUCCACCACAAAUAAUGCAUGUACCCAGUGAUAUGCCCGAACAAACUGAACCCGAGGAUUUGAGCAUGCAUUCACCGAGACAAGAAUAUGUUGGCUCUAAUCCCUCAUCGGCUGCUCAAAGCCCUGAACCAAAUAUGCUAAUGAUGCAUGAUGAUUUGGAUUUGGAUGAAUUAGAUGAUGCUGCUAGCAUGUAUAUGAGACAACAGCAACAACAACAACAGCAACGUUUGCAGUAAAUUGUUGGGGAAUUUUGAAAAUCCUUUCGCCCAAAAAAAAAAAUCUCCAAAAAAGUAUGUGUUUACUUAGUCCAAAGAUUUGUAUAUAAAAAACCAAUUUGCUCUCCAUCAAAUGGAACAAAUGUGUUUUCAACAAAAGCAAAAUUUUUAAAAUUUUGUUCUACAGGAAUUACCCAAAACAACAACAACAACUCCCUAGUACAACAUUAUUUUCUUACACUAGCACAACAAUCUACUCUCUAACUCUCUCUCUCUCUCCCACUCUAUCAAUCUCUUCUUAGUAAGUAGUAAGUUUAAAACCAAAAUUGCACAUAAUUAUAACAAAAUUGUACAAAACGCUCUUCAAACCAGGGUGCCAUACUUUUUAUUUUAAUUAGUAUUAAGUUUAUUUUUUUAUUUUUA